CUUUGCAUGCAACUAGAAAACCUAAUUUGACAGACGGAACAAAUGUCAGGAGCAGACAAAAAGCGCGCAUUGGUACUCAUUGCCGAUGGUACUGAGGAAAUGGAGGCUGUCAUUACAAUCGAUGUCCUUGUCCGAGGUGGUAUCGAAGUCACUGUUGCCAGCACCAACCCCAGUGAAUCUACAUCUGAGAGCGUGAAAUGUUCACGUGGUGUGCGUAUUGUUCCAGACACUCACCUCUCAGCCCUUCCACUUCCCACGCCCUCGCCAUCCUCUACCGUCACUGCCACUGAUGACGCGUCACUCUAUUAUGAUGUCUUGUUCAUCCCUGGAGGCGGGCCAGGCGCUCAAAGCAUGGCAGCGUCACCAUUGGUCCAUAAGUGGAUUCAGGCUCAUAUCACAAAACCAAGUGUGUUAGUGGCAGCUGUUUGUGCAGGCCCUACAGUACUCCGAGCAGCUGGCGUGGCCAAAGGAGCCCAAGUAACAUCGCAUCCAAGCGUUAAAAAUGAUCUUCAAGAUUAUUUCGACUAUCGGGAUGAUGUCAGCGGGAGUGCCAUUGUUGUGAAGGAUGAAAAGAACAGGCUGUUGACGAGCCGAGGCCCUGGCUCGACAUUUGAGCUAGCACUUAAAAUCGUUCAAGAAGUUCGUGGGAAAGAUGUGAUGGAGUCUGUGCGGGCGCCUUUGAUGUUCCCAUAAGAUUAAAGAAGAAGGAAUCUUCAGCAGAAAAAAACAACAAUAUGUAUUUGUUUCUGAAUGCACAACCGUAUUGUGAUAAAUGAAAGGCUUUUUAUUACUUUAUAAAAUAAUG